AUGGACUUUGCACGGCUACUUCAAUUACGUCGCUUUCGUAGGUAUGAUACAUCUAUGAAACAAGAGUUUUGGGAAAAAAUUAAAAUUCUAUAUGAAAAAUUUCGUUUGUCCACGGUAACGUUCAAAGAUUCAACCC